GCGAUAACACUCGUACUCCUCUCUCGCAGUUUCCGGCUUACGAUUCUGUCCGUUGAUUGCUCGAGUUUCAAGCAAUUCCGACCGCCGAGAGUCGUUCCGCAAAGCGUAACGUCGCGCGUAGCGUCGCGCGCUCGCCGCUCGAAUUCAACCGUCGCCGUGAAUGAUGAAUGCCGCCGUUCGCGCGUGACCCGCGAGUCCCGAGUUAUUCGCGCCUGGCGAAAGCGAACGUUUCCUUUUUUUCUUCACUCACAGUAAAUCCGCGAAAACUCGGCGAAUCGAUCCAGAUCUCGACGAGCGCGUGCGAUCUCUCGCAAGAGAGAGAGAGAGAGAGAAAGAAAAACGUUCAUGCGCGAACGGCCGCUCUUACCGCAUGCACUACUGUUCGAAACGCUCCCGCGUUUCCAUUGGGUGAGGAAAAAAAGGGAAGGAAAGAAAGAAGAAGAAGAGUGGUGCUGUGUGUCUCUCCUCGCGACCCGCGAUCGUCCAUUUGUCCACUCGGGUUAAAAGUGAACGAGGAGGCGCCUUCGCCGCGAAGAAAGAGGGCCUUCGAGGGAAUUCGUCGCAAUUCCGCUCGUCGCACAGGUGAAAGAGGGACUUGCCAGUGACCGAUUCGCUGAAUCGUAGCGAAGCUAUUGAGACAUCACGCGUCGACUUUAAUCCAACAAACUCCAAGUUAUGACCGAUACUAAUGGGAUGAACGACAACAAAAAGCCAGAUGUUUCGUCGCAGAAAAUUCACACUGACCAAAACGAACACCUGUACAUUUACGGAUUCGAGAAGAGCACGUUGAGAACCAUUUUAACAUACGUAUCGUACAUAUUGUCUAUCGGAUGGGUCAGACUGUUGUUUCACUGGUAUCCACGGCUAUAUUUGUACGCGACUCACCGUGAAUGCGAUUUAAGUUGUGCAACGAAAAUACUUGCGAUAGAUAAUUAUCAAGGAAAGUACAAGUCAUACUUUGUACAAGACGUCCAGACAGUUUCUACUAAGAACAUCAGCGCGAAAAAGCUAGCCACUUUGGAUAGCCACGUUGACCAAGAUCUCCUAGAGAAAAUCCGAAACAAAGCGCUGAAGAUCAACUUGGAAAAUGGCACGCGAAGCGAGGUGUACGAGUACAAGUCUUUUUGGUGCAAAAAGAAGUGUUACAUAUGGGACGUUACGAAAUACGAGUUCUCGAGGCUCGUGGGAUUCGAUAAUGGUACAAUGUGUUCUGAUUUUCAUCUCGGGAGCGAGCACGGUUUGUCUAAAGAAGAGCAGUUACUUAGGUAUAUUGUAUACGGAAGUAACGAAAUCAUUGUACCGCUUCAGAGUAUCGGCAUGUUAUUACUAUUGGAAGUCUUGAAUCCGUUUUACAUUUUUCAAGUGUUUACUUUAUCCGUGUGGUUUGCGGAAGGCUAUUUUUAUUAUACUAUCGCGAUCAUUCUAAUGUCACUGUUUGGAAUAACGAGCAGUAUAGUGCAAACGCGAAAGAACCAGCUAAAUUUGCGCGGUACCGUUGCGUCGAUGGAAAAUGUACGCGUGCUUCGGGACAACGGUACUUUUGAGAAUAUUUCCAGCAAAGAUUUAGUGCCCGGCGACAUAAUCGAAUUGCCGAAACACCAAACAACUCUCAUAUGCGAUGCGGUCUUGUUAACGGGACAAUGCAUAUUAAACGAGUCUAUGCUAACAGGCGAGUCUGUGCCAGUUACGAAAACAUCGUUACCGCCUCAUCAAACGUUGUACGACACUAAAGAAUGCACGCAUCACACGCUGUUCAGCGGCACGUCUAUAAUACAGACCAAGUGCCACGGAGGCCAGCGUGUUCUCGCGAGAGUCAUCAAGACUGGUUUUCUAACUAAGAAAGGUGCUUUAAUCGCCGCUAUAUUGUAUCCACCUCCGGCGGACUUCAAGUUCGACCAAGACUCGUAUAAAUUUAUCGGCAUCUUAGCAUUAAUUGCAACGUGUGGCUUCAUAUACACCAUAGUGAGCAAGGUUUCAAGAGGAAUCACACCGGGCGAUAUAACAAUAAAAGCGCUGGACAUUAUUACGAUAGUGAUACCACCGGCGUUACCAGCCGCUAUGACAGUAGGGAAAUUAUACGCGCAAGCGAGGUUGAAACGUGCGCAGAUUUAUUGUAUCAAUAACAGGGUCAUUAAUGUUUCCGGCAGCAUAAAUUGCGUCUGUUUCGAUAAGACAGGCACGUUGACCGAAGAUGGGUUGGACAUGUGGGGCAUCGUACCCUGCACGAACAGCAUCCUGGACGAGGCCGAGACGGACAUACCCAAGCUUGAGAAUCAUCCUCUCUUCGAAGGGAUGCUGGUUUGCCAUAGUUUGACGCUUAUCAACGACAAGCUCUGCGGGGAUCCUUUGGACGCAAAGAUGUUUGAGAGCACCAAGUGGAUAUUGGAAGAAUCGGAUUGCGUACACGUAGACGAAAACGACGUAGUGAUACCGAUGGUCGUAAAGUCGCCGAGCGAGACUUCGGAGAUUGGUAUAAUACAGCAGUAUCAAUUCUCAAGCUCUUUGCAACGAAUGUCUGUUAUUGUGCGCGCAUCGGGAUCGGAUGACUACAGGUCUUACACGAAAGGCUCGCCCGAGAUGAUAAUUCGCCUGAGCAAGCCGGAAACCGUGCCGAAGGAUAUCGCGCAAGCUCUGGAGCGAUACACGACGCAGGGCUAUCGCGUGAUAGCAAUGGGUCGCCGAGCGUCAAUCUCCGAAACCAACACAAAGAUAUCGAAACUACCGCGAGAGACGGUCGAGUGGGACCUGGAGUUUCUGGGACUAGUGGUCAUGGAGAACCGAUUGAAGGAACCGACGACGCCGGUGAUCACGGAAUUGAGGGAGGCCAACGUACGCGUCGUGAUGAUCACAGGAGACAAUAUCCAAACCGCGAUGAGCGUUGCAAGGCAAUGCGGGAUACUCUCGAAGGACGAGUACGUUGUGAAUGUAACUAUGAAGCCGGUCGAGAGGAAAGAAGACUGUCCUGAGAUAUCCUUCGACAUUCAGUCCCCCGAAUCUGUCAGAUUGAGUUUGCAAAACGGAGGCUCUGCGAUGACUGAGGACGUGGAACGCGGUGUGGCCAACUGUAAUUACAAAUUCGCCCUGACUGGCGAAACGUGGCGAGCGCUGCGAGAGUAUUAUCCCGAUCUCAUAGAUCGUAUUUGCGUACACAGCGCGAUAUUUGCUAGAAUGAGCAGCGACGAGAAACAACAAGUGAUCUUGGAGCUCAUGCGACUCGGUUACUACGUAGCCAUGUGCGGCGACGGCGCCAACGACUGUGGGGCGUUAAGAUCCGCGCACGUCGGAAUAUCGCUUUCCGAAGCGGAAUCCAGCGUGGCCAGCCCUUUCACCUCGGCGGUAUCGGACAUAACUUGCGUGCCGAAGGUGAUACGAGAAGGACGCGCCGCCUUGGUCACGUCGUUUGGCAUCUUUAAAUUUAUGGUGGCGUAUUCCCUGACGGAGUUCCUCUCCGUCAUAAUACUGUAUUCCAUCGACUCGAACUUGACGGACCUGCAAUUUCUAUUCAUCGACAUCUGUCUGGUCGUCAACUUCGCCUUCUUCUUCGGCAAGACUCGCGCGUACACGAAGAAAUUGUCCAGGACACCACCCAUGACGAGCCUGUUGAGUUUCACUCCGCUCUUAUCUUUGACAGUACACAUGUUCAUAAUGACUGUUUUUCAGGCGAUAGCGUAUCACGCUGUCCGGAAGUUCCCUUGGUUCAAGCCGUUCGUUCCCGUCAGUAACACCGGAUACGCCAGUUUUGAGAACUAUUCGGUCUACUGUGUCUCCAUGUUUCAGUAUAUCACGUUGGCGAUUAUAUUUUCACGCGGGAAACCGUACAGGCGUGCUGUCUACACGAACGAGACACUCAUGUUCUCCAUACUCCUGUUAACGGUCGUAUGUGCGUACAUUACGGUUUACCCGGCAGGCUGGGUGGUGAACGUCUUGGAAUUAAUGUUACCGCCCGUCUACGAUUGGAGACUCAUUAUUUUAGCGCUCGCCUCGGCCAAUUUUCUUAUUUGCCUCUUCACCGAGAGUUUCGUGAUAGAACGCGUCGUCGAAAAUAUCCUGAAGAGGAAAUUCUACAAGCCGGAAAAAUCGAGGAAAAUAUAUCUCAGGAUGGAACACAAGGAAAAGGAAUACGGAAAUUGGCCGCCGUUCCCACUGCCAAUACCGUCUGUCGUACGAACGGAGAACGGCGUAGAGAAAGCCGUGAACGUUUCGCACAACGGAUACCGUUCCACCAAUAUUUCGAGUGAUCGAACAUCUAACGGUUUUAGCAAUUCGUUCGAUCUAUCGAAGGAAAAAACCAACGAAGGGAAUGGCCUUGGAAAUCCUGGUUUUGUCAAGGACGAAAUUUAAUGGAGAAUAUCCAAGACGGAGAAUGAAUCAUCUGUUGUAUGAAAAAGUUAAAGAUUCACUUAUGUUUCACCAUGUACAAUGUUGUACGUUGUUGUUGCCUUGAACAACGAAAAGCAAUUUUAAAGCGUUCCGUCGCGUGACAAGCGAGCAUUAACGGAAAGAAGCACAAUGCAAUUAUUUGAAUAGAGGACAACAACGCGGUAAGAACUCUUCUCGUGGAUAAUGCUUGUGAGUGAAAUCAUCAAUGAGUGAAUAUUUCACGAAGUACUUCAUAUUUUAUAUCAAAAUACUUGGAAGGGAAAUAUGAGAGCGAAUAUUUCGCGAAAUUUCGCGAAAUACUUAGUUCCUUUGCGACUUUCUUUCAUAUUCUAACAAAAAUAAUCGAUGUAUGUAAAAAAAUGUCUAUUUUGGAAAGUCAAGGUAACUUUACACUUUAAAAAAUAAUGACUUUAAAAUGAACAUUUCUUUUCAUUUUUCCGAAUUCUAAGCUCUAUUUCUAAUGGGAAUUUUUAUAUAUUUGAGAGCAUCGGAAAUUUUCAAACUUUUGGGCGACUCAUUUUCUCUGUGCACGAUCGAUAUCUCCUUUUAGUAUUCCUGCAAGUAUUUUUAAUAGCAAUUACGAUAUAAGUUACAUAAUUCAUGACAGUAUUAGUAAAAAUAUCAAGGAAUGAAUAUCAUAUCAUACUUUUAAUAUAAGAUUGGUGCAACGGCGAAGAAAUGUCUAAUAACUGGAAAAAGAAAGAAUUCAUUUUAAUAUUCCUAUAUCUUUCUCUCUUUCAAAGAAGAUCGUCCUUGCAGAAUUAUAUUGACGUAAAUAAAAUUAUCAUAUCUAGUCGAAUUAGCGCCUGAAAGAUUUUUCCAUUUUUUCGUGCUUUCUUCACUUAAUAGUAUGAUAUAUUCAAAUUAAACUCUACUUUGUUAGUUAUACAUAUAUAGAUAUAAA